GGAUUGGAUGUGCAUGUCUGUUGAAGCUGUACAGUUGCUUCGGCAUAUAUUUCACCUGGUAAGAGUUUAUGGGGGGAUGUUUAAGAUGGCCGUUGCCUGCUGACAAGUUGUGAAGCGCUGAUUCUUUGGAUGGCUUGUAAUGCACGAGCCGUCGCAACAGAGACGCCAUGCAGGUGGAAAACAGACAGCGAGAAGCGUUCACACCAAGCGAGGCCAGAACGCAGAAGAUUGAGAUGACCACGUAUACAGCAUCAUCAAAUCGAUUUGUUCAUCGUUGGAGAUGUUUUGUGUCGAUGUUGCAUGUGGGAAGAAAGGAGACGGGUGUAGGGAAAGGUCAAGCAAGCUGGCGAAUUGAGUUUUCGUCUCAUGGAGCGGCCCGAGGGCGGGCUUCACAUGCUAGUGGUUAUAAACCAGCGUGUUCCAUUGUUUCCACGUACGGCCACAGUCAGCUGAAAACUGGGCAUCCCGUCCGCUCUGCCAUACAUAAGCAGUUGAACGGCAGAUUAGUACUACGGUGGGUGACCACGUGGGAAUCCCUGCUGCUGUACGUUUUGUAUCUCUUUUGCCCCGUCUCUUUUUGUCUUUCACGAUGUGACGACCGCCUUCGCUUCCCUUGCCUCUACUCGAAUAACCUACGUCGUCUUAAGUAUCAAUCGCUGUUCAAUCAAGACCAACCGCUGCGCCCAUCAAGAUUUUUUAUUGAUUUGAUCCUCAAGCAUGUUUCGCGCUGCCCAUGUGGCGCAGCAAUGGGUCUGUUUACUUCCCACGAUGACCGACACGAAAUUUCCUGCAUCAUACACACUAGAUUGUAG